GACACAGACACAACAGUAGGCUAGAAUGAAAAUUGAAAAUAAAAAUGGCCGAAGAAGAGAUACUUGAUGUUGAAGGCGAAUAUGAUUUCCAAGUCGAAUUGAAGGAUGACUUUCACGAUGCAAAUGAUCUCCCGUCAAAGAGUGCUAAUCUUCUCCCAGAGUUUACCAGUCCUGCAUGGAUGCUGGAGCAGGGAUGGUCUCUGGACAGUUGCAUUGAUGAGAAAUCCAAAGCAACCAUUGAGAAAAUGCUUCUUGAAGAGCAACAUUACAUGGGUGGAUAUAAAACUUCAAGAUAUAUUAAAAAGAAGCCUUCAGGGAAUAGUCGGAGUUCUAAACCCAGACAGGACGCCUCUUGUUCGAAAAGAAGUACUUCUGGCAAGGAAUCAAAGAAAAAGAAAGCACCAUUGAUCCCUCAGACAGCCUUGACUUCUGACUCAUGUACAGAGUUGCAAUUUCAGCAAGUUCAUAGCCAGUCUAUUGCUGAUACUCUAUCCAGCGUGACCACAGGACAACCCACAGUGAUCAUGCCUGCUGAAUCCAAACGUAAAGCUAGAGGGAAAACCAAAACUGUUGAAGAUAGUUCAGUUGCAUUUACAUUGCACUCCAAAGGAAAGUUUGCUCAACAUAAAAAGCCCAAGUUGAAAAUGUCAAAGUCACUUUUGAACAAAUCGAGAAAGAAAGUUCAGAAGUCAAAUCUACAUUUGCUUACCUCGAAGAAAACUCAACAGGAGGCCAUUGUGAACCCCGGAGAGUCCAGUAUGAACUUUAAUAUGUUUCCCGUGAAAAGUGGUUCAAGUCUAAAGAUGCUGUUUGGUGACACUGAUUCUGUCAUGGAACCACCACAGAGUUUUCCUGUCAUGGAUGGCAGUUCUGUUAUUUUAUCAGAGGUAAAGUGUGUGGAAAAGGAAAAUGAAGUCGAAGAGGAUGUUGAUGUUGAAAAUGAUUUUGAAGAGGAUCCUUUUCUUCCGAACCGCCAAACAUUGCCAGAUGCUAUUUAUGAGCAUUUGCUCCAGUCGUCGGAUUUGAACCAGUCAGAUUUGAGCCAGUCAGCCUUCUCAGAAAUACAGCCGGAGACAGAGACACUUCUAGAAACUGCCAGCGGCGAAGUUGCUACGACAGUGUGCACUGGUAACGAGAACUGUGAAAGCAAUGACAGCAGCACAGAUGAUGAAAAGAAAGAUACAGAAAGAGACAAUACUGUGAAUGUGAUGAAGGAUGACUCUCCUUUCAUGCAGUUGGAAGAAAAUGAUGGUGUUGCUGGUUUAACUGCCAAAGUAGCUGGCAAAGAACAAGAAAUGGGUGGAUCUAAUCUUCCAGAGCUUAUCAUGAAAGUUCCUCUGGAGGAGAAAGUUUUACCUCCUGACAGAGUCACAGAGGAGGAGAAGACUGUUCACAGAGAUUUCUUUGAUGGUCGUCCCCCAAAAACUCCAGAAAGAUACUUAAAAAUCAGAAAUUAUAUCAUUGAAUGUUGGACAAAGAGCAAGCCAUCAUACUUAAACAAGACAAGAAUAAGAUCUGGUCUGAAGAACUGUGGAGACGUCAACUGCAUUGGUCGUAUACAUUCUUAUUUGGAAUGUGUUGGAGCUAUUAAUUUUGGAUGCGAGCAAGCUGUUUAUCUUAACCCAGGGAAGACAUCGUUAGUUGGGGCCAACAAGAAACAAAAGAUGAAGAGAGAAGGGGAGUUAACACAAGAUGAUGUAAAGUCUGACCACAAACUUCCAAGAAAACGAAGGAAAAAAGACGCUUACGGUGUUUGGGUUGAUGCAAAGGAACUGGAAGGAAAAACAAUUACGCAUGAAGUUCAAAGCAAAUCGGAUUCAAAGAUUGUGAAGAUGAAAUCAAAGAAACCACAGUAUGACCCAUUCAAACUGGUGCCUUGCAAAGAGUUUUCAGAUGAGUUCAAGGCCCCUUACUCUGUGGAAGUGUUGAGCACAGCCGUAGCUGUCAUGGACAUUCACUCUCACAUCUCUAAAACGGAGGUCAUCGGCAUGCUUGGGGGGCACUUCAACUCUCACACAGAGUGCCUGACUAUAAGCAUAGCUGUGCCAUGCAAAAGUAUGAGCACUGGAAUGCAGUGUGAAAUGGAUCCAGUUUCCCAAACCUUGGCCAAUGAAAAAAUUGAAGAUGCUGGGAUGUCUGUUGUGGGAUGGUAUCAUUCUCAUCCAACAUUUCGGCCUGAUCCCUCUGUGAGAGACAUUGACACACAAUUGAAGUUCCAGGACUGGUUUUCAAAGGGAGGGAACCAUUUUGUGGGUGUUAUCGUCAGUCCGUACAACCCUGGAAACAUGUCCCUGACCUCGGAUGUCCAGUGCCUCACUGUUAGUGACAUUCACAGUGAAGAAUAUUUAUCAAACAUCCCGUUCAAGUUUGCCCAUAAAAUGAUCUACAAGGACAAUGUACAUGACGUUUUGCAGCCUGCUCGUGAACUUGCAGACAAGUAUUGUACAUAUUUCAACAGAGUGCGGCUCAACUCCCUCUAUGUAGGGAUGUCUUGUCUACACAAGAUGUUGCAGUCUGUGAAGCACCACCUCAUCCCUUCAUCUGCUUUAUGCCCGUCUGAAGAUGGUUUGAGUAGCGGAACCAGUCAAACUUGUCACCGAGGGGACUCUUUGAACUCUGAAACUUACAAGACAGAGUCUUUGGAACCAUCUGGCUCUUUUAGUCUUCUCAGUUCAGGUUUAAGAAAUGAUUUCAUGGAUGUAAAAAGUUAUAAUGUGUUCAAUCUUUUGGAGCAGUUGGAGUCUAUGUUUGAACAAAAAUUUGGUAGCCUGUGAAAGCAGAGGUGCUGGUAGCUUUGCCAUUUUCAUAGCAGUGGGUUGUUUGUCCAGUGCUCUCAGACUCUGUCUGUAAAUGAGUGAGGAACUGCAAAAAUUAUUCACAUGGGUCACACUAUGAAAACUGAGAUUUUUACUAAUUUUAUAAUUAUGCUGAAGCUUUCUCUGAGCAAUUAGCUUUUUAUUUGGGGGUUUUCAUCUCUUUUACAGAAAAA